GCUCACAUGGAGAUCGGACACCUUUUUGCUGUUUACAAUUUUAUUCUCUCCAAUCCUGGUGGUUUGUUUUAGUUUUAUUGGACAAAUGUGGACUUGCAGCUCACAGCUCACCUCUUGAACCUGGGAAACCCUUUCGUCAGAGCCUUUGUAACAUGGAGGCUCUGCUGGAGAUGGGAUGGCAUGCAAGAUAUUAAGACAAAUGAUGACCUGAAGAUUAAAGACUAUGAUGAAUGGACACAUCAAGACACACAACCUCCUCUAGAUGAAGCACUGAAAGAAUCAUUUCCCUGAUCCUUUUUGUACCUGCGUAUUGUGCUUCUGUUUUUUUUGACUUUUCAAACAUGGCUGAAACACUGGGUAAUAAGCAGGUAACCCUGUUGUCACUGACUAGCCUGAGGACAAUCUCAAAAGCCAGAGUGGUUUGCUUCCUGAUGGGCUUGACACUGAUGCUUCUCAUCAUGGCUUCCUACAACCUGACGUGGGACAAGACAAGACUUCCCUUCACCACCUCACCCAAUCAGGUCAGGCCUGGGGUCGUCCAGUCAAACAAAGCAGCAGCUGAAGUUUCCUCUGAAAACAAUUUAAUAGACAUGAAACAGCUGGUGGAGAUCAUUAACUCCAAACUGGACUACACACCCAGGAAGGUGCCUGAUGAAAAGGAUGUCAUUGAAAUGGACCCUCAUUUGUUCUCUGUAAUUCCUCGUCAUUUCCUGCCUGGUGUCAAGAGCCCUUGCUGGUAUGAGGAGAUCUCCAGUGAAAGCAGCACUGAUCCAUACAGGCAUAGCUUCUAUUGUCAUGGCUCUAGGUGUAACAACAUUAAGGACAAAUUACCCGAGUACUUACAACACAGAGACGGCAAACUGUUUCGUUUGCGCUGCUUGCCGUACUUCUACAUUGUCGGCCAGCCCAAGUGUGGCACAACUGAUCUGUACUCCAGGCUGCGACGGCAUCCACAGGUCCAGUACAGCAUGAUAAAGGAGUCAAAGUGGUGGAAUAGGAGACGCUUUGGUUAUAUCCUUAUCGAAGAUGGCUUCAAGGGAAUUGUUCCUGUGGAAGAUUACCUGGAUCUCUUUGACAAGGCAGCCCAACACAUCCAAGAAGAAAUUAAUAGAAAUUCAUCUGGAGACCACCACAUGACCCAGUUCAUAACAGUGGAAGCCAGCCCAUCCGUUAUGUGGAACAACAUAGCCUGGAGCUAUGUGCACAAAGAGAGGAAGGAGACAGAGCCUGGUUUUCUGACCCAGGACUUCAUCCACACACUGCAGCCCGGUGCCAAAAUCAUUAUGAUCCUGAGAGAUCCAGUGGAGAGGCUUUAUUCUCACUACCUGUACUCUAGGAGGGGCAAAGAGUCAAGAAAUGAGUUCCAUCAGAUGGCCAUAAAGUCUGUGCGCUUGUUUCAGUCCUGUCUAUCGAAGCAGUCACUUCGUGCAUGUGCCUACAAAGGCAGCCUCUUCAGCGCCAUGCCGUUGAAGCUGAAUGUAGGGUUGUACGUUGUCUUCUUACUGGACUGGCUGACAGUUUUCCAUAAGGACCAGAUUUUAGUUCUACGACUGGAGGACUAUGCAGCCAACAUGAGAGCGACAUUACGGAAAGCUUUUGAUUUUCUGGGUCUAAGUCCUCUGUCAGUGGAGCUGGAGGAAGAAGUGAUGAAACAGCGUGUGGCAAACAGCCGGGGGGUGAAGGACAAGAAAGUAGGUCCUAUGCUUCCAGCCACCAGAGACCUCCUCAGGGAAUUUCACCAGCCCUUCAACCGCAAACUGGCCAGUGUGUUGGACCACAACGGCUUCCUCUGGAGUUACCCCUGAAGGGAUAUGAGCGUGGACGGCUGUGAAUGAACACAUGAAGCCCCUAAAAUCCAUUCCCAUAAAUUAAUUAAUCCACACAUCUGGACUAAAUUUUCAUGCUAUUAUUGCUGAAAAGGCUGUGGUGAAAAUCAAGUGGUGAUGGUGCUGCGAUUUGACCUUUUAUAUAGAGAAAUAUCCCCUGUCCCAUAUUUUUUAAAUUAAAAAUAAUUUACACUUGUAACAACAAAGUACUCACUUGAGAGGUGUACAUCUUAUAAAUACUGCACUGGUUUGGGCACACAGUGAAUCUAGGGAAGGUCACCGAGGAACAUUUUGACAGCUGAGAUAUUUCAGUACUAACAGUUGAAGUGGUAAAACCUCUCCAACCACAUUGGCCCAGCAGUGGGUGAGUCAGUAAAGACUCAGAGUGCAAACAGUUUGAACUUAAAUUCUAGAAGAGAUCUCAAAGAGGUAUUGAAAUAAUUGGUCCAUAAUUGAUUGAUCACCUCUGUUUUCACAUUCUUAAAUGUGAGGUUUCGCUGGUUUUCUGUGUUUUAUGUAAUAGUAAAUUGAAUGUCUUUGGGUUUUGGACUGCUGGUCAUACAAGAUGUCAC